CAGCGCCAGCCUCGCUGCUGGCAUCCGCCGGCUGACCCGCUGCUGCAGGAGAAGGGACUGGCCGAGGGAUUAGGGAGCUGCAGAGAAUCGGGUCCUCCCCUUGGCUGGGCAGGUUGGAAGUAACUGUUGCAAAGGGCGAGGGAGUGGGAAGACGAGGGGGGAGGGCUGUGGAGGAGGAGGAGAGAAGCUGGUGGGAGGAUGGCGAGGAGAGAUAUAAGCCAGCCCCAUCCGAACAGGGGAGCUGGAAGGUGGCGAUCCAGAAGCCGGAGAGGAGCGAGUUUAUAAAAGGAGGACACAGGCUGGAGCAGAGGGACAGCGCCUGCUCCCAGAAACCACGCUCCCCAGGCUGGGAGACCUUGGCUUCCUCCCAACCCCUUCUCCUUGACGAGAGCCUCUGAAAACAGCCCAGCGCCUUGCUCCCAACCAGCAGAAGGGAGCAUGCCUGGGACAGCUGGGCCGGGGAGGAAUUAAAAGCCCCAGGAUGGUGCUGUGGACAUGUCCUCAUAUCUUCCUUCAGGUAUUUAUCCUCUGGAUUAGCCCCGUCUUGGCUUCCAUCCAGGAUCAAUACUGUGAGAAUUUACCUCCGAGCAGUAACAUCACUGGUCUCCAGUGCAACGCCUCCAUAGACCUGAUCGGUACAUGCUGGCCCCGGAGUGCUGUGGGGCAGCUGGUGGCCCGCCCUUGCCCCGAAUACUUCUACGGAGUCCGAUACAACACCACAAACAACGGGUACAGAGAAUGCCUCCUGAAUGGGAGCUGGGCAGUGCGCGUCAAUUAUUCCCAGUGCCAGGAGAUUCUCAGCGAGGAGAGGAAGAGCAAGCUGCAUUACCACAUUGCCGUCAUCAUAAACUACCUGGGCCACUGCGUCUCGCUAGGGGCCCUGCUCCUUGCCUUUGUCCUCUUCAUGCGCUUGAGGAGCAUCAGAUGCCUGCGGAACAUCAUUCACUGGAACCUGAUCACAGCCUUCAUCUUACGAAAUGCCACCUGGUUCGUGGUGCAACUCACAAUGAACCCAGCCGUGCAUGAAAGCAACGUGGCCUGGUGCCGCCUGGUCACAGCCGCCUACAAUUACUUCCACGUCACCAACUUCUUCUGGAUGUUCGGUGAGGGCUGCUACCUCCACACGGCCAUUGUGCUCACCUACUCUACCGACAAGCUCCGCAAGUGGAUGUUCAUCUGCAUCGGCUGGUGUAUCCCUUUUCCGAUCAUUAUUGCCUGGGCCCUUGGAAAGCUGUACUAUGACAAUGAGAAAUGCUGGUUCGGGAAGCGAGCAGGAGUCUAUACCGAUUAUAUCUACCAAGGCCCCAUGAUCCUGGUGCUCCUGAUCAACUUCAUCUUCUUAUUCAACAUCGUCCGAAUCCUCAUGACCAAGCUCCGAGCCUCGACCACCUCGGAGACCAUGCAGUACAGGAAAGCAGUGAAGGCCACGCUGGUCCUGCUGCCACUGCUGGGCAUCACCUACAUGCUGUUCUUCGUGAAUCCGGGGGAAGACGAGAUCUCUCGGGUCGUUUUCAUCUACUUCAACUCCUUCCUGGAAUCUUUCCAGGGCUUCUUUGUCUCUGUCUUCUAUUGCUUCCUGAACAGCGAGGUCCGUUCCGCCGUGCGGAAGAGAUGGCACCGGUGGCAGGACAAGCACUCCAUCCGCGCCCGCGUGGCCAGAGCUAUGUCCAUCCCUACGUCGCCGACACGCGUCAGCUUCCACAGCAUCAAGCAGUCAACAGCUGUCUGAGCGGGGAGGAAGCCAUCGUGCAGGAGGGGGGCCAAGGUUUGCAGCAGAGCCUCCGCUGCUUGCAUUACAGACUGAGCACGGCCUAUGGGU